AUGGCUAAAGAAGCAGUUAAAGAAACUCCUUUAAUGAAACAAUACAACGCUAUUAAAGCAAAGCAUCCCGAUGCUGUUUUGUUAUUUAGAGUAGGAGAUUUUUAUGAAACAUUCAAAGAGGAUGCGCUCAUUGCUUCACGGGUUUUAGGGAUCGUUUUAACCAAAAGGAAAAAUGGAAAAGCUGCCCACAUAGAAUUAGCCGGUUUCCCUCAUCAUUCUCUUAACACCUAUCUACCUAAAUUAGUAAGGGCGGGAUACCGAGUUGCUAUAUGUGACCAAUUGGAAGAUCCUAAAAUGACUAAGAAAAUUGUCAAAAGGGGUGUUACUGAACUAGUAACUCCCGGGGUUACCUUCAACGACAACGUGCUGGAACAAAAGAAGAACAACUUUUUAGCAGCAGUCCACUUUACCAAACACAUCAUUGGGAUUUCAUUUUUAGAUAUUUCUACUGGAGAGUUUCUGGUUGCCGAAGGUUCUGCUGAAUACAUUGAUAAAUUAAUUCAAAGUCUAAAACCUACUGAGGUUCUUUUCCAAAAAGGAAAUCAAAAGAAAUUUAAUGAACUCUUUGGAAAUAAAUUUUACUUCUUUCAAUUAGACGAUUGGGUAUUCACCCAAGAUUUCUCCUCUGAUUUAUUAACGAAACAAUUCAACACCAAAACUCUGAAAGGAUUUGGAGUGGAAGAUCUUAAAGUGGCUACUAUUGCUGCGGGUGCCGCUCUCCAUUAUCUAUCUGAGACGCAUCACAAGGAGUCCAAACACAUCUCAACUAUUUCUCGUAUUGAAGAAGAUCAUUAUGUUUGGCUGGAUAGGUUUACUAUUAGAAACCUGGAACUCAUUUCUUCGAAUAAUCAAGAUGCUACCACCCUAAUUGAUGUACUAGACAAAACAGUUUCCCCUAUGGGAGGAAGGCUAUUGAAAAGGUGGAUGUUAUUGCCUCUUAAAAACACUCAAUCCAUUGCCAAACGACAUGAGGUGGUAGAAGGACUUGUUCAAAAUCAAGAGCUACUCCAAGAGUUAACAGGAAAUAUCAGUCAAAUUAGUGACUUAGAACGGUUAGUCUCAAAAGUAGCAAUUGGAAAAAUCUCUCCACGAGAAGUCAAUCAACUUAAAAACUCCUUAGAUGCUUUAGUUCCUGUCAAAGAACUAAGUACUAAUUCUAAGAUUAACUCACUUAAACUCCUUGGUGAACAACUUAACACCUGUGAUUCAUUAAGAGCUAAAAUUGACAGCGAAUUAUUUGAAGAUGCUCCCGUUCUCCUUAACAAAGGAAAUGUGAUUAAAGAAGGGGUAAAUAAAGAAUUAGAUGAAUUAAGAAAAAUUGCUUUUUCGGGGAAAGACUAUCUAUUAAGCUUACAACAACGAGAAAGUGAACGCACAGGAAUCUCCUCCUUAAAAAUUGCUUUUAACAACGUAUUUGGUUAUUACAUUGAAGUACGAAAUACCCAUAAAGAUAAAGUCCCAGAGGAAUGGAUCAGGAAGCAAACCUUAGUGAAUGCUGAACGAUACAUCACCGAGGAAUUAAAAGAAUACGAAUCAAAAAUUCUGGGUGCUGAAGAGAAAAUUUUAGUCUUAGAAUCUUCCAUUUUUGAAAAUUUAGUGCUCGAACUUUCUGAUUAUACAGUUCCUAUCCAGCACAAUGCCAAUUUAGUAGCUCAAAUAGAUUGUUUAUCCUCCUUUGCUACUCAAGCCAUUCAAUUCAAUUAUUGUAAACCUCUGGUGGAUGAUUCUACCCAGCUUACUAUAAAAGAAGGACGUCACCCUGUAAUAGAAACCUGUUUAGAAGCUGGUGAAGAAUACAUCCCUAACGAUAUUUUCUUGGACGAUACCUCUCAACAAAUUAUCAUGAUUACUGGGCCUAACAUGUCAGGUAAAUCAGCUAUUUUGAGACAAACUGCCUUGAUUGUGUUGAUGGCUCAAAUGGGAAGUUUCGUUCCUGCACACUCCGCUCAUCUUGGAUACGUGGAUAAAAUAUUUACCCGUGUAGGAGCUUCUGACAACAUUUCUUCCGGUGAAUCUACCUUUAUGGUAGAGAUGAAUGAAACUGCCAGUAUUCUGAAUAAUAUUUCAGAACGAAGUUUGAUUUUAUUGGACGAAAUUGGUCGUGGAACCAGUACGUACGAUGGAAUUUCUAUUGCUUGGAGUAUUACGGAAUAUAUCCACGAGUACCCACAGAAGAAAGCGAAGACCUUGUUUGCAACUCAUUACCACGAACUCAAUGAGAUGCACAAGCAAUUCCCUCGGAUUAAAAACUACAACGUUUCGGUAAAAGAAAUCGAUAAGAAAAUCUUAUUCAUGCGUAAACUGGUAGAAGGAGGCAGUAACCACAGUUUUGGAAUUCAUGUAGCCAAAAUGGCUGGAAUGCCUGGUUUUGUGAUUAAAAAAGCGGAAGAAAUACUAGAUAGACUUGAAAAGACUCAUGGAGACAGCAACCAAGAAGUCAAGAAAACCUUGGGAGAGAAAAAAGACGAAAUGCAAUUGAGCUUUUUCAAUUUGGAUGAUCCCAUUCUGGAAGAUAUCAGAGAUGACAUUGCGAAUGUUGACAUCAAUACCUUAACUCCGGUUGAAGCCUUGAUGAAAUUGAAUGAGAUCAAGAAGAAAUUCAAACUUAAUUUGGCAGAAUAUGAAAUUUAUUCAUAUUUCAUGGAUAAAGAUCAAGAAAUAACAAACGAUAUAACACACUUAGGAAAAAGAACAAUAUGGUAUUCAAAAGAUGAGAAUAUAUUAUGGGGGAUUGACUCUAAACAAUUUGAAGAAUUGACUAUUUCUACAUUUAAGAGAUAUUUAGAUGAACACAAUGGGAAUUCAAUUUGGGAAGCAGUUGCUGAAGAAAUAUUCGGAAGACUCUGUUACACUGAUUCUUCUACUCAAUUAUUGGACGAAAUAAUAAACGAAGCUCUAGAAGAAAACAAAUUACCAAGAGACAAUCUAUUUAUAGGAGGAAUUUCAGCAAGUGGCACCCGUGCUUUGCGGUAUACGCAAUAUUAUAUAGAUUGGUGGAUAAAAGAAAGAGGUUCCGCUUAUUAUGACAUUAAUUCGUUUGAUAUAGCAGGCUUAGUAAAUUGUCUCACUGUAAUGGGAGGAACGAAAGUGGAACAAGUAAUCACCACAAACAAAGGUUUUGACCGAGAUGGAAAAAGAAAAUGUCAUUCUUGGACGAUUGUAGACGAAGAAUACCUAAUUAGAUGGAUUAUCAAACAUUCCAUUAAAAAUGAAUAG